AUGAAGACAUCGAACCUCAUUAAUGCUCUUGCCCUUGGUGCAGUUGCCUACAGGAUACCUCUUGCCGAAGAUCCUGCCACCAAAGACCUCAUGCCAGAAGGCAAGAAUCCUCCCCUUCCUUUUCGCAUCUCGGAGACAGCAUCUGACUAUGUACAGGCCCGGACACUUGGACCCCCGCGCCGGCUGAUUCGGUCAGUCUUGGGAACCUUGCUUCCAUCGACUUGUCCACCAGACAUUCAGCCCGCAGCCGACAACGUCAAUGUCGAGGAACGCGGCCUCGCCCCCGCCACAAUCGCCGGUCCGACUUUCCAUCCCGCCUGGCUCCCUCGAGUCCGUCCUGCCGGCCAGGCAAUCACGAUCGCGGGCCAUGCCCUUCUCAUGGCAGCCUGGAUCGAUGCCCAGAACCGCAUCUGCAUCAUUCUUGAUGCAGCUUUCCCAGAUAGGCCACAAUGUCUUCAUGGAACCAUCAUUGCCGGUGUGCAGAAUCUGCACAACAACCUGGCUGUUCUUCCUCACGUCUUCGAGCUGGGGAAGACCUACGUCGCCCCGGACAACCAGGCAGAGAUCCAGCCUGGCGACACUUGGCGUUGGUUCUGGUUCAAAUGA